GCCACACUUGACGUUGGAACUCCGGAGUCGAAAGGCGUGAUCGCUGGCGGAGAGAGCAAGGGGUCGCUUCGGCAAUGAAACUGCGCAACGGCUUUUUACGUUAUUUUCCCGCGCUCGUUCUCUUCGGGAUCUUGUUAAUAAUCGGAUGCGCCUUCCGAGAUGCAGGUCCCGUCCGCCUCGUCUCCAAGGCUGCUCCUUCGCCUCCAAGAUACGGGGGAAUUCAAGACACGCUGAGAGACGUUUUCAUGGACAUGCUCUAUGACGAGGAGGAAGAAAACGAAUGGGAAGCGAUGCCAGACGAACGAAACGGCCAACUGCCCGAGGCGCGGUGGCCGUUGUUGGACCCCAGCAUGCCCAACGUUCCCUUGUGGCCCUCGGAUCCUGCCUGCUCCAUGUACAACGUUUCCUUUGCUCUGAAUAUCACUAAAACUUUCCUGGUGUCGUAUCCGCGAUCCGGCAACAGCUGGACGCGCUACCUGAUCGAGGGGGCGUCGGGGGUUGCCACGGCGGCCAUCUAUCCCAAGGAAAAACUCUACCACUUUGAAAUGUUGAGCGACUUGCAGCAACUGAGAGGGAAGGUCAUACUCACAAAGACCCAUCUCAGCGGUAGGCGCGAUGUUCCUGACGAGGUCCCUGCUAUAUUACUGCUGAGGAAUCCUGCCAAAUCCAUUGUUUCCUUCUACAAUUAUAUGAGGGCCCCUAGAUAUGCUAGGUGGCGUCACAAUGUAAGCUAUCAAGCCUACUUCAAUACUGGAUUUGCCAACUUCGCCAACCAUCAGCUUUUUAAAUGGACAAAGCUGGCCAAGGACCGCCUCUCGUACUCCCGGCGGCUGCUGGUGGUCCCGUACGAGGAGCUGAGGGAGGACCCGAUCGCGCAGGUGCGGAGGGCGCUGGCCUUCUUGGGCAUCCCGGCGGACGAGGGGCGCCUGGCCUGCCUCCAGAACCACAUCCAGGGGCCUGCCUUGGGACUGCAGAGACAGGUCGACCCAUACUCGCCUGAGCAGAAAGUGGCGUUAGCGGAGGCUGUGGCAAGUAUAUCUGAACUUCUUCGGAAGCGGAACUUCCCUCCUCUGCCAGACUAUAAUGAGUAAUAUAGACACAUAUUUACUUUUUACAUACACACACACGUACAAACACAUACACACACACA